AAUGAAAAUUUAAUUAGAUAAAGACACAUACAUUCUCUAAAAAAAAAUAGGUGAAGGUAACUUUGCUACAGUUUAUGCUACUCAGCAUCAAAAUCUUGUUGCCAAAGUAUGUUACAAGUCAAACCCUAAAGCAUUUAGAGCAUUUUAAAUAGAAAUGGACAUUUUGAAUAAAGUUUAAGGAGAAGGAAUUGUAAAACUUGAGAAGUCUGGCAUUACUCAAUUAUAAGGCUAAACUAGUGGAAUCUUGAUUUUAGAAAAUUGUUCUAAAGGAAGUCUAAUAGAUUUAAUGACAACUUAUGUAUUAUCAAAAAUAUCAUCAAGAUUAAUAGAAGACCUCCUGAAUAAUUAGUAUUGAUGAUUGCGAGAGACAUUAUCAAAGGAUUAAUCUAAAUUCAUUAAGUACUAACUCUUUAAUAAAUAUUUAGUUAGGUUAUAUUCAUAGGGAUGUUAAAAUGGAAAAUGUACUAUUAAAUUCUUUGGGUUAUUUUAAACUCUGUGAUUUUGGCAGUGUCACAAAAACAAAAUACUUUAAAAUAGACAAUACUAAUAGGGAUACAAUUAAAGAUGAAAUUGAAGAAAAUACAACACCUUUUUAUCGUGCACCAGAAUAUAUUGAUUUCUAUGCUAAUUAUCCUAUUACUGAAAGUGCAGACAUAUUUGCUCUUGGUGUUUUGUUAUUUAUGUUUUGCUUUUAGAAACCUCCAUUUGAAAGUGGUUUAGCAGCAGUUAAUAAUCAUUAUUUCAUACCAGAUUCUCAUGAAUAUUCACCUAAGUAGUCAAUUUUAACAUAACACUAGGCUAAUCUAACUGAUUUAAUCUCUUUUUGUUGUUAAUCCUAAGAAUAGGCCAACAGCAUAAGAAUUAUUAUAAAAAAUACAAAAUAAUUGGUAGUUGCCUUAGAGAUUCAUAGAAAAAUCUAGUUAACCAAUUCCUGUUCCUAAUUUAAAUAAACAUUUUGCUUCUGUAGAUAAUGUUUAUAUUGAGAAAAAGGCAGCUCCUCUUGGUUUUUUUGAUUAAGUUAAACGCUAUCUAUUCACAUUAAGUAAGAAAACAGAAGCAUGGGUCAUCCAAAGUACAAGCAAUGAUGAUGACCCUCCAAGAUUAGAAGAUAUAAGAUCUUUAGUUUUUAAAGCAUGGUUGAAAAGAGAAAAAAUACCAAAGUUUUAUCUUGCAAUCUAACAAAAAAUAUUAUAACCACAUCCUGAAAGUUAAAAAGUUAUGAUGAAAUUGGCAAUUCUAUUACAUCAAUAUAUUAAAAAGGGGCCACCAGAUGUUUUAUAAGAUUAAAAAUAAAAGAAUCAACCUAAUAUUUGGAGCAUAAUGAAGAUUUUGACUGAUCUAUAUAAACAAAGAAUUAAGAUUAAUCCUUAAAAUGAAGUAAAAGUAAUUGCUAAUUAUUUUACAAUCAUAAACAAAAAAUUAAUUAUUUGUUAUGCUAAUAAAAACUUAUUAGAAGGAAGUUAUUCAUUGUCUCCUCUUUUCUUAUCAUUGGAGAGAGGAGAAUUUUGGAAACCACUUGAAUCGAAAUUAAUAGAUGAUUUCUUAAAAUAUUGGUCAGAUUGUUUAUUAUUCCUUUCUGAAAUAUUUUAACCAAAUUCUCUUUGGAGGAUUCAAACUUUGAUAAUUAUGCAAAUGGUUGAUGAAACCUAUUCAUUAUUGUCAAUGUUACUGCAUUUAUGGAUUGCUGUUAAAGAAACUUUAGAUACAAGUGAUAAUUUAGAUACAGCUAAAUUAACAGAAUGGAUUUUAAGUGUUGAUCAAAGAUACGAAGAAAACUAUUUCUUAACUAAGAAGCUAUUUGAAAAAUGUUCAACUUUAAUUGAAUUCACAGAAAUAAAAAGGUUCAUGCCUACUUUACAACCUGAAGUCAUUAAAUAUAUAAAAUCUGUUGAAUAUUUUAAAGGAAAAACAAAAAUUGAACUUAAUCCUUAAAGAUCUAUACAUGGAAUUAAAAUGCCUGUUAGUUAUUAAGUGACUGUCUAAAAAUUAUAAUAAGUUCUACUAUCUAUGUCUGAUUUUGAUAAACCAUAAAAUUAAAUAUAGUCAAAUUAUAAUAGCAGUAAUAAUCAAGAUUUCUUUGCAGAUUUUGGAUUCUUAAAUAAUUAAGGAAAUUAGUAAUAAUCAUAAGAAUAUGAUUAACCUUGGGUUGAUUUUACAUAAACAUUUGAAAAAUAAUAAUAAUAAUAAUAAUAAUAAUAAUAAUAAUAAUAAUAAUAACAAUAAUAAUAAUAAUAAUAAUAAUAAUAAUAAUAACAAUAAUAUUAAUAAUCUAUUUCUUAAUCAUCAUUUAAUAAUUAAUUUAUAUAAUAAGCAGGAAGAGAAUCAAUUUAAACUGAAAUUGAUCCUUAAAUGCUUUCAUAAAUUAUUUUUUAAAUAAAUGAUGAUAAACCUUAAAAUAAUAAUUUUCAUGAUUCUUUUAAAAUAUAAUAACCCUAAUAAGUUUAAUCUCUAAUUUUAAAUUAAAACUAGCAAGAAAAAUCAAAAAUAAUUGAAGUAACCAAUUUACUUGAUGUUCAUGACAAUGUUGUUCCUUUAAAUAAAAAUAAUGAACCUUUUGAUCUUAUAAAUUUUGAUGAGAAACCUCGUUAGACAUAAACAAAUGCUUUUCUCUUACCGACUGAUAUUAAUUUUUCUUAAAUAGCAAAUUAAGAUUAAUAGCAAAGGAAAGAUAAGAUAUAAAAUAUCUCUCAAUAAUAAUAACCAAUAAACUUUUAAUAAUAAAUUAAUUAAUAAUAAAUUAAUUAAUAGUAAAUUUAUUAAUAGUAGAUACCUUAAAUACAUUAAUAAAAUUCUUAAUAAUAAAACAUUGUAAUUGAAGAUGAUGAAGAAGAUCUUAUACCUAUGACAUAUGAUGAUUAAUUUUAAUAAAAAAUAGAAAUGAAAUAGUAAGCACCUCAAAAUUUGGCUUAAUCUGUAAAUCCAACUUUCAACCUAACGCCUAUCAGAUAAAAAAUACAUUCUUAAAUUUUAGAAAAUGCCAACCAAAUUAUUGAUGGUGAAGUGGAUAUCAGUGAUUUUAUCAUAUAAUACCAUGAGUUAGUAUUUUAUGAGCAAAUAGCCUCAGGUGGAUCUGGAGUAGUAUAUCGUGGAAAAUACAAAAAUGAAAUAGUGGCAAUCAAGGAUAUUGAUAUCAAUGAAAAGGAUGAAUAAAAGAUGAAAGAAUACAAGAGGGAAAUAGUGACUUUGGUGAAAGUGAGACAUCAUUAAAAUUUAGUGUGUUUAAUAGGGAUUACUUUCAAUUAAAAUAAAUUAUAUAUCAUAACAGAGUUCUGUUCAGGAGGUUCUCUUUUUGAUUUAAUUCAUAGAAAUAGAGAGACUCAUAUUGAUGAAUUAACAAAAUUGAAACUAAGUUUAUUUAUAGCUGAAGGCAUGGCUUAUAUUCAUAAAUUAGGAUUUAUGCAUAGAGACCUGAAAUCAUUAAAGUAUAUAAUAAUUAAAAUUAUAGUAUUUUGUUAGAUUAACCAUAUAGUGCUGAUUCAAAUAUUAAGAUUGCAGAUUUUGGUUUGGCUAGAACAGCAUUGGAAAAGACUGAAUGGAUGACAGCUGUUGUUGGAACAUUUGUAAGUUUAUUAAUUAUAAAUUAGCACUGGAUGGCUCCUGAAGUAUUUAGAGGGGAAAUGUAUACAAACAAAGCAGAUGUAUAUUCUUAUGGAGUAUUAAUUUAAUAAUAUAUAAAUAGAUAGUUUUAUAUGAAAUAUUUUCAAGAUAAAUACCCUAUAUGAAUAUAGCUAAUCCAAUGCAGAUUAUGAAGGCUGUGACUGAACAGAAUUAAAGACCUGAUCUCUAAUUUGAAUGUUAAUAAGAGAUUAAAGUAUUAAUGACUUAGUGUUGGCACCCUAAUCCUAAUCAAAGGCCUUCAUUCGAAUAAAUUAUUAAUAGUUUACAAAAUUUAUGA